AGGCGGCGAGAGCAGGUGAGCGAGCAGGAGCAGUGAGGCGCGCGCGUUCUCCUCGCCGGAGCCAUGCUGCCUGCUGCCGUCCGGAGGUGGCUGCACAGACCCAAGCGUUCUGAUCCCAGGCUGCUGUCACAGUUCUUCUAUGCUGAUGAGAGAGUGACUCAAGUGGUAACGGAGAUCAACUGUCUGGAUGUGGAAACGGAGCCUCAGCAGUACCUGGUGCUGCUAAAUCAGCUGCACCUUAGCCAGGCUGAACUGUUAGCCAUCAUAGAGCAGAUAAUGGAUGAGUGCAUCCCCAAGGAACGUCAUGGCCGUGACUAUGUCAUCAAAUUCCCUGAGGACCUUCUAGUGGACAGUCUCCGGAAUCACAUGCUGUUUGCUGCUGAGUGUUUGAUGGCACGCACCUAUAUUGAUUUGGAUGAGGCUGAUGGAGUGCGGCUUCGACCUCUGGCCAAGGAUCUGCUGUGCAGCUUAGAACUGGUACGGACAGUACUCCGAGAGCAAAGCCUGAGCCAACCUGGUCCUUACUCGGAGCUUGUCCGUAGGGCACUGAUUCGCUUUGAUAUGCUCUUUGCAGAGUUUGAACUGAGCUACGUGUCUUCAUUGGUUUCGGUGAAAUCACCCGAAGAGGUUUAUAGGCAACAGGAGAUUAUUGUGCUCUUCUGCGAAACUGUGGCCAGAGCGCUGAAGCUUGGCUACUUGACGCAGGAGAUGAUUGAUGGCUGUGAGCCGCAGCUGAUGUUCACAAUUCCCCGCCUGGCCAUCAUUAGCGGGCUUCUGAUCUACCCUGAUGGGCCCCUGAACUUGGAACGGAAGCCCGAGGACAUAUCCCGAGUCUUCAGCCCCUUUUAUGUCUUGCUUAGAAAAAUCAGAGACCUGCUGCGUGUGCUGUCCAAGGAAGAGCUUUACAUGUUGGAAAAACGUGUCCUGAAUGAAAGUGCUGCAGAUUCGAAAGCCUCCUCUGAGGUGGACUCUGCUGCUGUCAGGGGCUUUGUGACUCCACACGCUUGCGUAUCUGUCCCAAGGCAUCAUGAGCGAGAGCCUAAGGGUACUCAGGCAGGAGCUGUUGUUGAUAUUUCACGGCAGUCCCGAUGGUUGGAAUUGCGAGCCCGUUACAGGAAUACUGAGGACAUGAUUCACACACUCUUUGUCUGUAUCUCUGGAGUGGCAGAUCAGCUCCAGACCAACUUUGCCAGUGACCUGCGUGCCAUCCUGAAAACUGUAUUUGCAAUUGCGACAUCCCGGACAGAGGAGCGGGAAGUGACUGACACUGGCAAGGUGGGAGUCUGUGUGGCGCCCACAGUUCCUCGCUUGACAGACUGUGUUCUCUGUUCCAGUAGUAGACAAGGCCCUGGAAGACAAGAUACGUUGGAACCCCCAGAGUGGGUGCCAGACAGCACUUGUAGCCAUUGUAUGGCUUGCCAUGUGCCUUUUACUUUUCUUCGUCGACGACACCACUGCCGGAGUUGUGGGAAGAUCUUCUGCUCUCGCUGUUCAUCACACUUGGCGCCUCUGCCUCACUUCAGGCAGCUGAAGCCAGUCCGCAUCUGCACUCAUUGCUACACCACCCACUUGCCUUCUACCCACAAAGAUGCCAACUGCUUGUGAGCAUCAGCCUAUGGACUGGAGUUUCAUCCCAUACCUUGUGUGCCUCCAGAAACACCAAAGACUAGAAGGCAGCCACACCUUAUACUACCUGCAAAGAACUGUGGAAGCAACCACUUGUGUCUUAUUAGAAGCUCUUGUGAGCACGCCAAAGGGCUUUUCAUAGUGGGGGAUGGAACAGAAGAGGAAUUUCAUAGCAAGUGAUCUUUGUAUUAACUUUUGAAGAACAUUUGUGACCCAUUUUACCUGAGCUAGAAUUCACUGUAAAUGGGCAAACUCCUCUGAUCGGCAUUAACGGCCGCUUUCCUCUCCGUCAUUACUUUUUUGGAUGGAGUAGACUGUAAUCCAUGUAAGGAUUGCCUGGUGCUGGUAGCUUGGCUUCCAGGAUUCCUGCAUUUAGGAAGGGGUGGUGGGGCAGUGGAGUCAAAGCCUAGCUUUAUCCUACAGGUUUGUUUUUGAGAAGCCUAUAAAGGUGCAUUGCCAGAUGUGGACUGAAGUGCAAUACGGGCUUCAUGGUCCCUUUCGCUGGAACCGAAAGCAGGAUCUUGACUCUAUCACAAAGCAUGUGGAAGACAGCCAUGACAUUUUCCCCACCAGCUUCUGACAUGUAUAAAGGGCUAAGGGAGGGUUGUUCAGAAAAAGGCUGCAAAUAAACCUUGCCUGGACUUUUUAUAAACUUCUCUUGCCACGCUAGUGUGUGGGAAAUGCUUUGGAGCCCUCUGAGACUUAUAGCUCCUUUCUUUGAAACCAGCAUGAGCUGGUAACUCUCCUGAAUACUUGAAUAAAUGCUGUCUGUUGCUCUUGCCAAUUUGCCUUCUCUGGGUUCACAGCAGAUGUGCUGGCAGUAGCUGGAUUUGCCUGUGGGAUUGCUGUGUUGGGUGUUGACAGACAGAAUCUGCUGAUGUACUUCCUUUUCCCCACAAGAAAAUGCAAAUACAAACUUUCAGAAGUU